CAUUGUUUUCCAAAGGCACAGACCUCCUCGUAUAGUAGUUGAGAGCGAGCCCUGCAAGAGGAUCCAAGGGCAAGGAGGAGUACAGUAAUAGGGCAAGAAUCUUUGGAACAGUGUCGCGAAGCCCGGCUUGGCUUCGACGCUUCGCCCUUGGCUUCGACGCUUCGUCCCUUGCCCGCUAGAAAUAAGAAUGGGCCUGACGGGCCCCCAAAUCGAUGUACGAGUCGGUAUACUAGUUCUAUCCUACGCUUUGGUCAUCUCCAUGGUCAGUGUGUCAGGAAGCGGAGCAGAACUAAAUGUUCCUAAACACGAUACGAGCGAAUGGAUUGGUGCCUCGUACACUCCUUCAUCGGCUAGCAACUCAUUGUGGUGGUGGAACUAUUCUCAUUACGAAGACGAGGUGAAGAGAGAGCUGAGUUGGGCGCGUCAGCAGUUUGGCUUCACUGCACUACGUAUGUUCCUGCACAGUAUGGUGUAUGAAGGGGAUAACGGCACAACUCUGAUCGAGGCCAUCAGCAGGUUUCUCCUGGUUGCAGAUUCGAACAACAUUGGCGUGGGUUUUGUUUUCUUUGACGACUGCUGGUCUACAUCAGGAGCAAAUCUGUCCAGCCCAUGUCAGCCGGUGAAAGGUCGUCACAACGGCUGUUGGAAGACCUCUCCGCAAGCUAAGGAUCGCACAACAGUGGAGAGAUACAAGCCGUACGUCGGCAAUGUUGCUAGCAAGUUCAAAGAUGACAAGAGAGUAUUGUGGUGGGAAAUAUACAACGAACCUCACACCACAUUUGCUCCCAAAGGCUACUCGAUUGCAUUGCGACAAGCGGCAUACACCUGGCUGAAGGAGAGCAAUGUGUCACAGCCUGUACUCAGCUGCUGGGAUGACAACAACGACACGGACAUUGUCGAUACACACCACUACUCAUCAGACUUUACCGGCUGGACCAGUGCGGUGUACUCCAAUCCCGACAAGGGUGCUGCAGUGACCGAGGCUGGUUCUCGGUGGUACCAGGGCUAUCCCAGCGACAGUGGAUCAACACUGAUGGUGGUCACGUGGCUGCAAGCACUCAGGCAGCUGCAUGCCAACUGGCUUGCGGGCAAGGAGCCGUGCUCAGUGGCCGGGCACAAUGUGACGUUUGUACCGGGAGCAAUGAUAAGCUGGGAGCUGAUGGUUGGCAACAGUAAUACACGCUGGCACUGGAACACUAAAGAUGGCAGCCCAGAGCCGGCUAUUCCGUGGGACGCUCAUCUAUUUCCCGACGGCACACCAGUGUCGCUUACCGAAGCCGCGGCCCUGCGUAACCUGACAACGGGGAAGGAUGAGUUUCUCUACUACAACACGUCGCUGCCUGUGUCUGCAAUGCUGACGCAGGACUCCUUUCUCAACAUCACCGGCAAGGACCAGUUCAUCCCGUGGAUUGCCGGCUUGAAGACGCCGAUGACCGACGCCGUGGCGGAGGCAGCUAUCUGGGUUGGAGAGCAGGCGGACACGGCCGGUAUGCUGGUUCGGCAGCAGUGGACGGUGAAGAGCUCGCAGGCAGGCUAUUAUGUAGGCGUCGAUGUUCCGAGCAGGACGCUGAGCGUGGCUCGCUGGACACCAAACAUGAGCCCAGUGCUCGGCACGUAUGACUUGUCCAAGAGAGAGAACGGGCUGAUCGUGAACGGCUGGAACUUGCUCAGGGUUGCCAUAGUGGGAAACAAAACGUCGGUGUGGUUCAACCCGGCGCAUUCGGAUGCUACAGGCGAAGACGGCACGCCUCAGCCAAUCAAACCGCUAAUCGUUGCCGUUGACGACAAUCCCGAUGACCCAGAGCAGAUUGCGUCCGGCGACCUGGCACUGGUGACGCUGGAUGAUAACAUGAAAGUCGACUACAUCAGCCUGCUGCCAAUAUCCGUCUUGCCAUCUUCAGUGCUGUAGCUUCAACGGCAAGCCACGGCUGGCACACACCUGGACUCGAAAUUCCAGCACAGCUCUAGACCAACCCACAGUACAGCUACGUUCGUAAUGAUAGGAUGAGUGGAUCCGAAUGACAGCCAUUGUUCUUGACAAACAGUUAAUAUCUGCAACUGCAUGAGAGCACAACAUAAUAAUUACUGUAAAUAUACAAAUUUUCGGCAGCUAUUUAAUUUCGGCUAUAUUCGGCACCGACCCAAAACGCCUAAAUUAAAACGCCGAUGAAAUUUUUCACAGCAUCUGUCGCACUAUACCAUGCCCUCUACCCCACGCCGAAAAUAAAUCGCCGCCGAAAUGUCAAAAAUCGUGAAGUGCCGAAAUUUUGUAUAUUUACAGUAUACAGUUUUCAAAUCUUUUUUGGAAAAGGAGAGUGCACGCCCAUGGCAAAGUAACCCAUCUAGACGUGAGCCUUGUACAUACAGCAGUGGGCACUGUACAAGUACAAAUUUCGGUCCAACCAACCAACAUGGGUCAGCAGACCAACCGGUUUAUUUUUCCAGGAUCGCAGUA